CAUGCAUGGUAACCGGGGCGGAUCUAUGUUUGAUAGAGCUGGGCGUGGGCUCCACUCCUCAUCCCCUCUUCUCUCUCUCCCUCUCUCCCUCUCUCUCUCUGUGUGUGUGGAAGCACAUUGUUCAACGCGGGCUCAUUCUACCCAGAACCAAUGAAUUGCUUUUGGUGCAUUUUAAGCUACUGAAAAAAUCAGAAAGACUUUGUCGGUGAGAAGAAUAAGGUGCAGAUAUCUGAAGACGGCGGGAAGCAGACCAAGAACAUUUUGUUUCCUUCUGGUUACAGCUGAGAGGCAACGGAGUUGAAAGAUUUCUUCUUCUUCUUCUUCUUCUUCUUCCCCGGCAGACGAAACGUCGCUCUUGUCGCUAAUUAGACCUCUGCUUGUUCAGUGGCGUGUGUGGUGAGCAGCAGCAGCAGCGGCGGCGGCAAAGAUGACGGAGUAUAAGCUGGUGGUGGUAGGAGCUGGAGGUGUGGGCAAGAGUGCACUCACCAUACAGCUCAUCCAGAACCACUUUGUGGAUGAAUAUGACCCUACUAUAGAGGACUCGUACAGGAAACAGGUUGUGAUUGACGGGGAGACCUGCCUGCUGGACAUCCUGGACACUGCAGGUCAGGAGGAGUACAGCGCCAUGAGGGAUCAGUACAUGAGGACAGGGGAGGGUUUCCUCUGUGUCUUUGCCAUCAACAACACCAAGUCUUUUGAGGACAUUCACCAAUACAGAGAACAGAUUAAACGUGUGAAGGACUCAGACGACGUUCCCAUGGUGCUUGUGGGAAACAAAUGUGACCUCCCGGCACGCACAGUGGACACAAGGCAAGCCCAGGAACUCGCCCGCUCCUACGGCAUCCCUUACAUCGAGACCUCUGCCAAGACACGACAGGGAGUGGAGGAUGCCUUCUACACACUGGUUAGGGAGAUUAGACAGCAUAAGCUGAGAAAGCUGAACCCACCUGAUGAGAGUGGUCAGGACUGUAUGAGCUGUCGCUGUGUGGUAUCGUGAUGCAGCUGACCGGUGCACGUUGAGGAGAAAUGCUACAGCUCGUAGUGGCAGCAUGGACUUAAAGAUAGAAAGAUAAAACAAGUCAACGAUGAAACAUGAAACUUUUUUUCAAAAAGAGGACGAUUGAAGCAAAAGCUCUCAAGGAAACCACCAGAGCUGACUGAACCAUAGACCUUUUUAAGGAAAGGAGGAUUUGGACUGUUGCCUAAGUGGCUACCUGAACGGUCCGGCCCCUUUUUUAGGUCCACACGUCGACCUGUGAGCAACACCACUAAUGACUCUUUGUCAACUCCAGUGUGGUCUCGCUGGGUAGCUCCGCAAGUUUCCUGCUAACUUAUUGUUUUCAGUCUCAACACUGGUCUUAAAAGGGGGUGUCUCUGACCUCCUCCCACCUUGAAAGCCUAAUUUCACUCCCCUGCCUGCCCACUGGAAGGACUGACUGAUUUUAAAUGGAAUGGAAUGGACUGGAAAUGGACAUUUAGUUACCCAUACACCUCUCAUAAAUAACCCCGCCAAUCCCACUCUACCUGCCUUUGGUUUCCCUCAAAAUCGCUGUGUAGUCCCUUCAUUAUACUGGAUACAGGGGGUGGAGGCUGACAUGGGAAUGACUAUAAUUUGUUGUUGUUGUUUAACAGUUAUUCUAGCUGUAAAAAAAAAAACAAAAAAAAAACAACAACAUCUUUUUAAUUUUGUUUUUGAUAUGGAACUUUCUUUUAGUGAUUGCAGAAUUUAAAAGUCACUGAGCAAUAUGUGAGCAAAGGUGUUUAUUUGAGGCAGCACCUGGUUUGAUGACCUGUCUGACUUAGUUUGAAUUCCUUUUGGGAUAGAAAUAUGAAAUGGGAGAAGAUUUCCAGAAUGCAGCUGCCUUCUCUACUUACAGAAGUUUCUUUGCUAACAGUCGUCUUUGUGGAAUAAUAAUAGUAAUGGCUAGUGUACGUAGGUUCUGGUGCAAUAGGAUUCUUUACUGUCCACAAAGUAUUGGGAAUAAACCACCUCUCAUGUGUACUUAUUUUCCUGUUUUACUUUGGUUCAGGAAGGAGAGGUACCGUGCAUGAAAAUGUAGUUUUUCCAGUUGCUAAAGCUGGAGAGGUUGCCUGUAGAAAUGGGAGACACUUGUACAGUUACACAAUGACCGGUUAUUGUUUACGACUAAAUGACAACCAGUUGAGUUUUCUUGCAUUUCAUUUCAGUAACUGUACGGUGUACAACUCUCAUUUACUACAUGAUGAAAACAGCUAUUUUUAGAUUGCAAGAGUCGCUCCUCGCGGAUAAUAAGGCUCAGGAAUCGGGGUCCAGGAAGGUCUCGCCUAACAGUCCUGGAAACCGGGUUUAAAGGAUGUCACCAGUUAGCUUUUGCAGAGUGUAACGCACAAGUCCUGCCUCAGUCAAACGUCAGUUGUUUUUUUUCCUCAUACCAUACUAUCCUCAAACUGCUCUUUUCUCUGCCACCUCAGCUCUACAAUAAAACAAUAACAGGUCAGGUGCUACUCAUGUCAGAACCAUAUUUACUGUGUAUGUGAGACUAUUGUGUGUAAUAGUUAAUGCACAUUGGGUUAUGGGAGUGCAUUGCUUAUUUCUUAAUACUGACCAGCUUGUGCUCUCCACGACUGCAUUAAUUAGCUGCCUAAAUGAAAAAGACUGCUCUGUGUUUACUUUGCCUUAUCUGUUAGCUAGUUCGUACCUCAUGUAUGCAGCGAGCUCUACCUGAGACGAGUAUGUGUUUUGUUGGCUGCGUCGUUUUGUUUGAUUAUGUGUGCAACUAAAAGAAUAUAGAUGUGUGUUGAGGUUAGACAUGCGCUGUAUAGAAUUUGAAAGUCCCUGAAAAACACUACACUGAUUUUUUUUUUUUUCUUUCUUUGCGUCUGAAUGUGAUUCUGUUUAACAAGACUGAAAAACAACAAGGUUAAAGAGAAUUCUUAGACAAAGCCCAAUACAAGCCGAGUUGUCUCGCUCCCAUGUUUAUAUGAAGUUUUAUUCCCAUUACACUGGAUCAUGUGAUGGUGAUUGCUAGAAAUUAUUACUUUGAAUCCAGAUUUUACAGUUCAGAUGAUUGGUUAUGUAUGAUAAUGCACGGAGUUCUAGACACUACAGGCAAGCUUUCGGAUGCAAACCUCAAAGACAUCUCAGACCUCUUCCACAAAGACGUCAAAUGUUAUUAUGCCAUUGUCUCCUUUCAAGGGAAGCUUUUAAUUCUGACCCAAUUGAUUUUGUACAGUUCAAGUGACUCUUUUUUCACUUAUAACAUGGCUUAAAGAAAUCUGAUCAGUCUAGUACUGUGUGGAUGGUAGUGAUAAAGAUGUGUUUUUAUCAGUUAACUGUUCAUUUCUCUGCUUGGAGGAAGGAUAUGAACUGUGAAUGUGUUUGAGUCUUUAGAUAUUGUUUGAAAGAAGCCUCAUGUUUAAAAAAAUAAUAAUUACAAUAUUGAAAUAAUGCAGGAGUUGGUCCAUGGUCCCUCUUUUGGCUGUGUUGUUCCUAACUUUUAUUUUUCACCCACUGUACUCAAACCUAUUACUGGGAUAAAAAAAAAAGAAAAAAGUGUGGCGUUUGUAACAUGUUAUGACAGUCCUGAUAGUAUGCUUGUCCUCUCCCUGUUGAUCUUUAAACAGUUCAUCCGUGAUAAUAAUACCAUAGAAUUCCAAAAAUCUAUGUAUUCAAAUUUCCAUCGCAUUAGAAUUUCAGCGUCAUGUUGUCGCAGGGAUACUCCAGCCAGCAAACCACAAGUAUACAUGUCAGCAAACCUGGCGAGCAUGACGAAGACUGUACGGACCAUUGGGAGUUUUGCACAAAGGAUACAGUGGCCUCAAGGGCUUGUUUCUCCCUUGCAAACUGUAGAAAGGAGGUGUGGAAGGAAUUUGUGAAAAUGUUAACUGUUUAGCUAUUUAAGAUGUAUUUACUCUUUGACAAAUGUGGCAAAUUGUAUUGCAGGACAGGAAUAAAGAUGUCAAGAUGAAA